AAGAAGAAGAACAAGAGGCGGGUUAGCAUUUAUUUUUAACUAGCGGCUAAGUUAAAAUGAGGGACAAUAAAAGCCUAUCCGAAGCGGGAAAGGAAAUACCGGCUAAAAAACAAAAACUAAGCAGUGACGAGAACAGUAACCCCGAUUUAUCAGGGGACGAGAAUGAUGAUGCUGUCAGCGUUGAAAGUGGGAACAACACUGAACGCCCUGACACCCCCACGAACACGGCCAACGCCCCCGGCAGGAAGAGCUGGGGCAAGGGCAAGUGGAAGUCCAAGAAGUGCAGAUAUUCUUUUAAAUGUGUCAACAGCCUGAGGGAGGACCACGGACAGCCGCUGUUUGGGGUCCAGUUUAACUGGCACAGCAAGGAAGGAGACCCUCUGGUGUUUGCUACAGUCGGGAGUAACAGGGUAACGCUGUAUGAAUGUCACUCUCAGGGAGAAAUAAGACUCCUGCAGUCCUACGUUGAUGCAGAUACAGAUGAGAACUUCUACACGUGUGCCUGGACCUACGACACAAACACGAGUCAUCCUCUGCUGGCUGUAGCCGGGUCCCGAGGCAUCAUCAGGGUCAUCAACCACAUCACAAUGCAGUGCAUCAAGCAUUACGUUGGUCAUGGGAACGCCAUCAACGAGCUCAAGUUUCAUCCGAGGGACCCAAGUCUCCUCCUGUCUGUCAGCAAAGAUCACGCUCUUCGCCUGUGGAACAUCCAGACGGACACGUUGGUCGCCAUAUUUGGAGGUGUUGAAGGACAUCGAGAUGAAGUCCUGAGCGCUGAUUUUGAUCUGCUGGGUGAGAAGAUAAUGUCCUGUGGGAUGGACCACUCGCUGAAGCUGUGGAGGAUCAACUCGGAGAGGCUGCAGAAAGCCAUCCGUGGCUCGUACGAGUACAACCCCUCAAAGACAAACAGGCCAUUUGUCUCUCAGAAAAUUCACUUUCCCGACUUCUCGACGCGAGACAUCCACAGAAACUACGUGGACUGUGUGCGGUGGCUCGGAGAUCUCAUUCUUUCCAAGUCGUGCGAAAACGCCAUCGUCUGCUGGAAACCAGGGAAAAUGGAGGACGACAUCGACCACAUCAAGCCGAACGAGUCCAACGUGACGAUUCUGGGGCGUUUCGAUUACAGCCAGUGUGACAUUUGGUACAUGAGGUUUUCCAUGGACUUCUGGCAAAAGAUGCUGGCUCUGGGAAACCAGGUGGGGAAGCUGUACGUGUGGGACCUGGAGGUGGAAGAUCCUCACAAAGCUAAGUGCACCACACUGACGGUCCCCAAGUGCACGUCGGCCAUCCGACAGACCAGCUUCAGCCGCGACAGCAGCAUCCUGAUUGCCGUGUGCGACGACGCCUCCAUCUGGCGCUGGGACCGACAGCGCUGAGACCCGUCUCCUGUCGCUCCUUCUGACACACUGCAAGAAAAAAAUCUGUUCGAAAAUUACACCAACGUACGGUUUUAUAAAAAAAACAAAAAGAUUUUUUAAAAUCUAAUAAGGCUGGAGUUUAUUAAUUAAAAUAAUGUUUUGAAAUAAUUUGUGCCUUUAGAUUUUCUAUGCAUUUACUAAAAAAAAAAAAAA